GCGCAUGCGCUCAUUCCGUCAAAAUUCUGUCGAAAAUCGUGAAGUUACAAAAAGUGCUUUGUGUUUAGACGGUUGUUUCGCGUAAUAACUAGUGAAUGCAAAAUGAAUAUUACUUCAGCAGCGGGAAUUAUUUCCCUACUGGAGGAGCCCAGACCUGAACUAAAGAUAUUUGCCCUUAAAAAAUUGGACAACAUUGUAGAUGAAUUCUGGCCAGAAAUAUCAGAGGCCAUAGAAAAAAUCGAAAUUUUGCAUGAAGACAAAGUAUUUCAACAGCAUCAACUGGCUGCCUUAGUAGCUAGCAAAGUUUAUUAUCACUUGGGAUCUUUUGAGGAUUCUUUAACUUAUGCCCUUGGAGCAGGCGAUUUGUUUGAUGUAAAUGCAAGAACCGAAUAUGUUGAGACCACUUUGGCCAAAUGCAUUGACUAUUACACUCAACACCGUAUUGCAUUGGCUGACAAUGUCUCUGAUGCAAAACCAAUUGAUCCCCGUUUGGAAGCAAUAGUAAACAGAAUGUUUCAAAGAUGUUUAGAUGAUGGUCAGUACCGUCAAGCCAUGGGUUUGGCUUUAGAAACAAGAAGAAUGGAUAUCUUUGAGUCAUCCAUUAUGCAAUCAGAUGAUAUUAUUGCCAUGCUCAUUUAUGCAUUCCAGGUUGCUAUGAGUUUAAUCCAAAACAGAGGCUUUAGAAAUACAGUCUUAAGAUCUCUAGUUGGUCUGUACAGAGGUUUAACUACUCCAGAUUAUGUAAACAUGUGUCAAUGUCUUAUUUUCCUUGAAGAUCCCUUAUCAGUUGCAGAAAUUUUGGACAAACUAGUCCAAGGACAAGAAGAAAACCAACUUAUGUCCUAUCAAAUUGCCUUUGAUUUAUAUGAGUCAGCUACUCAACAGUUUUUGGAACAAGUUUUGUUAGCUUUGAGAAGAACAGCACCAAUUCCUGCUUUGCUGGAGGAAAAACUAAAACCUAAAGCUUUGGCUAGUGGUGAAGGUUCUUCGGUUCCAGCACCAAGUGAUGCUGAAGCUACUUCUGAUGUUAAACCUGAAAUCAAGGAGGAAAAGUCCCUGGAAAGUUUGAGCGACAAAGACAAAGAACACCAGGCCAGGAUAGAGAAGUUGCACACCAUCUUGUCAGGCGAAGUGUCCAUAGAACUCCACCUUCAAUUUCUCAUCAGGUCAAACCACGCCGACCUCCUCAUCCUCAAGCAAACCAAAGAGACUGUACGAGUGAGCAUCUGCCACACCGCUACGGUAAUCGCGAACGCCUUCAUGCACAGCGGCACCACAAGCGACCAGUUCCUCAGAGACAACCUGGAAUGGCUCGCCAGGGCUACCAACUGGGCCAAACUGACCGCCACGGCGUCCCUGGGCGUCAUACACAGGGGACACGAACAAGAGGCGCUCACCUUGAUGCAGAGCUACUUGCCUAAGGAAGUGGGGCCCAGUAGCGGGUACUCCGAGGGUGGCGGUCUUUACGCUCUCGGUCUGAUACAUGCCAAUCAUGGCGCCAAUAUUAUCGAUUAUUUGUUGGGACAACUGAAGGAUGCCCAAAAUGAGAUGGUUCGUCAUGGAGGUUGUUUGGGUUUGGGCCUGUCCGCUAUGGGCACUCACAGGCAAGAUGUAUAUGAGCAACUGAAGUUCAAUUUGUACCAGGACGACGCAAACACCGGAGAAGCCGCUGGUAUUGCCAUGGGUAUGGUUAUGUUGGGCUCCAAAAACGCUGCGUCCAUUGAAGAUAUGGUUGCGUAUGCCCAAGAAAGUCAACACGAAAAGAUUCUUCGUGGUCUGGCGGUCGGCAUAUCGUUUACGAUGUACGGCCGCUUGGAAGAGGCGGAUCCUCUGAUCCAACAAUUAACCGGCGACAAGGAUCCGAUCCUGAGGAGGUCGGGCAUGUACACGCUGGCGAUGGCUUACUGCGGUACCGGCCACAACCAGGCCAUCAGAAAGCUUCUCCACGUUGCGGUAUCUGAUGUUAACGAUGAUGUCCGUCGUGCUGCAGUUACAGCUUUAGGAUUUCUAUUAUUCAGAACCCCGGAGCAAUGCCCCAGUGUCGUUUCUCUGCUCGCUGAAAGCUACAACCCACACGUGCGCUAUGGUGCUGCCAUGGCUCUUGGUAUUGCGUGUGCCGGUACCGGUCUGCGGGAAGCUAUUGCACUAUUGGAACCCAUGGUUAUGUUUGACCCUGUUAACUUUGUUCGACAGGGUGCUCUUAUAGCUUCAGCGAUGAUCCUCAUCCAGCAAACCGAAGCCAAUUGCCCCAAGGUUAGCUUCUUUAGGCAAACCUAUGCAUCAGUAAUUUCCAACAAGCACGAAGAUGUUAUGGCCAAAUUUGGUGCCAUCUUGGCUCAAGGUAUAAUUGAUGCUGGUGGACGUAACGUAACCCUAUCCCUGCAAUCAAGAACAGGUCAUACCAACAUGCUGGCUGUUGUUGGUACCCUUGUCUUCACUCAAUAUUGGUAUUGGUUUCCGCUUUCUCACUGUUUGGCUCUAGCCUUCACACCAACCGCUUUGAUUGGUCUUAACGCUCAACUUAAAAUGCCCAAGUUGGAAUUGAAAUCCAACGCCAAACCAAGUUUAUAUGCUUACCCAGCUGCACUUGAAGAAAAGAAACGCGAAGAACGCGAAAAAGUAACAACAGCUGUGCUAAGUAUUGCUGCAAGGCAACGCAGGAGAGAUCACGAGCGUAAACAUCGCGAUGAAAAAAUGGAUGUUGAUGAAGAAAAAGUGGAUGAGAAAAAGAAGGCGGAGGAAAAAAAGGAAGAGAAGAAGGUAGAAGAAAAGAAAGCAGACGAUAAAAAGACUGACGAUAAAAAACCAGGCACUUCUUCUGGCGAUGAUAAGAAAGACAAAAAGGAUGAGAAGGAAGAAAAGAAGAAGGAACCUGAACCCAGUUUUGAGAUACUUCAAAAUCCUGCUAGAGUGCUUAGACAGCAAUUGAAGGUGGUUUCCAUCAACGAGAAUAGUCAGUAUGUCGCAAUGAAGGAUACUUCUAUUGGUGGUAUUAUUAUGGUGAGAAAUUUAAAGCCCGGAGAAGAGGAACUCGUCGAACCGGUAGCUGCAUUUGGUCCAAAAGGUGAAGAUGAGAAGGAACCUGAGCCACCAGAGCCAUUCGAAUGGUUGGAAGACUAGACUAAUGUCAGCUUUUUUUAACUACUUAUUAAAUAUAAUUUUCCGUGUCAAGCUUUUUUUAAUUAAAAAUAUGUAUUUCAAUAUCAUAUUAAUCUGAAUGUGUAUCUAGGAUAUAGAAAGUUAAAUAAAGA